AGGCUCGUCGCUCUCGGAUUUUUCCUCCCUCCUCCUGCUUGCUUUACGGCCGUCUUGCGCGACGCUCCUCCUUUUCCUCUCCUCGCUAAGAUGGCGGUGGCCGGGACUCUCUACACUUACCCUGAGAACUGGCGGGCAUUCAAAGCCCUAAUUGCUGCCCAGUACAGCGGUGCUAAGAUCAAAGUCCUCUCCACACCGCCCCAGUUCCACUUUGGGCAGACCAACAAGACCCCCGAAUUCCUGAAAAAAUUCCCAGUUGGAAAGGUUCCAGCCUUUGAAGGAGAUGAUGGGUUUUGCAUAUUCGAGAGCAACGCCAUUGCACACUACGUCAGCAAUGAAGAACUACGAGGUGCAACUAAAGAAUCAGCUGCCCAGGUCCUUCAGUGGGUGAGCUUUGCCGACAGUGACAUUGUGCCUCCAGCCAGUACCUGGGUCUUCCCCACCCUUGGCAUAAUGCAAUAUAACAAGCAGGCUACGGAGUCUGCCAAGGAGGAAGUGAAACGGAUCUUGAGCCUCCUUGAUAUCCACCUGAAGACGCGGACAUUUUUGGUCGGGGAGCGCAUCACGCUGGCGGAUAUCACAGUUGUCUGCACUCUGCUCUGGCUUUACAAGCAGGUUUUGGAGCCACCCUUCCGCCAGCCUUACGAAAACGUGAACCGCUGGUUUGUGACCUGCAUAAACCAGCCCCAGUUCAAGGCUGUCCUGGGGGAGUUGAAGCUGUGUGAGAAGAUGGCGCAGUUUGAUGCCAAGAAGUUUGCGGAGAAUCAACCCAAGAAAGAAUCCUCCAAGAAGGAGAAGCCGCCGAAGGAGGAGAAGAAGGCAGAGAAGAAAGAAGAGAAGAAGCCAGAGCCUGAGGAGGAGCUAGAUGAGUGUGAACAGGCCUUGGCGGCCGAGCCCAAAUCCAAAGAUCCCUUUUCUCACCUCCCUAAAAGUCCCUUCAGCAUGGAUGAAUUCAAGCGGAAAUAUUCCAACGAAGACACUCUGAAGGUAGCCCUCCCCCACUUUUGGGAACAUUUUGACAAAGACGGUUGGUCCAUCUGGUACGCAGAAUAUCGCUUUCCAGAGGAGCUGGCACAGACUUUCAUGAGCUGCAACCUUAUCACUGGCAUGUUCCAGCGCUUGGACAAGCUGCGUAAGAACGCCUUUGCUUCCGUCAUCCUCUUUGGCACCAACAACGACAGCAGCAUCUCGGGCAUCUGGGUCUUCCGCGGGCAGGAGCUUGCCUUCCCACUGAGUCCUGACUGGCAAGUGGAUUAUGAAUCCUACACUUGGCGGAAGCUGGACCCGGACAGCGAGGAAUGCAAGGAUCUGGUGAAAGAAUACUUUAUGUGGGAAGGCGAUUUCAAGCAUGUCGGCAAAGCCUUCAACCAGGGCAAGAUCUUCAAGUGAGGCGGCAGGAGGCCGUGCCCCCAAACACGGACAUAAGGAGGGACAUCUCUCUGGAGCGGCUGCCACCGCCGCUGUUAGGGAAAAAAAUUUAAAAAAUAAGACCAACUCAGGCAGCAGGAGAGGCAGUGAGACAUUCUAAGCUGUGCAUUAAAAUCCUGAGUGCACUA